AUGCUCGAUUGGGGGAGAUACAUCCAGAUCGAUUGUCUUGAUAUUCAUGGCAAGCAAAAGCAGCAGAAAAGAACCACAACCUUUUUUUAUUUCUGCAAAGCAGAGAAGGGUAUCCUAUUAUGCACAGAUGUAGCUGCACGUGGUCUUGAUAUUCCUUCUGUGGAUUGGAUAGUGCAGUAUGAUCCUCCGGAUGAGCCUAAGGAAUAUAUUCAUAGAGUUGGACGUACAGCCCGUGGGGAAGGUGCGAAAGGAAAUGCUCUGCUUUUCUUAAUUCCAGAAGAGUUACAGUUUCUUCGUUACCUUAAGGCUGCAAAGGUACCCGUCAAGGAGUACGAGUUUGAUCAGAAGAAGCUAGCAAAUGUUCAAUCUCAUUUGGACAAGUUGGUCUCAAACAACUAUUAUUUGAACAAAUCGGCUAAAGAUGCUUACAGAUCCUAUAUUCUGGCAUAUAAUUCACAUUCUAUGAAGGACAUCUUUAAUGUACACCGGCUUGAUCUGAAGGCUGUGGCUGCUUCAUUUUGCUUUAGUUCACCUCCAAAAGUAAACUUAAACAUAGAUAGCAAUGCUUCCAAAUUCAGGAAAAAAGCGCGAAGAAUUGAAGGAGGUCGGCAUGGUUUCAGUGAUAGCAAUCCGUAUGGUAAGAAAGCUGAAGGUGACAUUCGACAAUUUGUUAGGCAUUAG